GACUACGCCAAGAUUUUUGUUUGAAAAUUUACAAAUAUGGAAGUACAACAAGCAACAGAAACAAGUGAGAUUUUUUCGCAUGAACAACCUUCUCAAGAUAAAGACAAGUUCGAUGAAACUGAAGCUCAUAUCAUUGAUGCAGGCGUUUAUUUUGAGGCCGAUGAUGCUAAAUUCAAAGAAGAGUUAGAGCAGUUAGAAAGGGAGUUGAUGCAAAGUGGAAAGAAGCCGUAUUUUGCAGCAAGAUUCUUCAAAGAGCCUAAAAAAUUCAUUUGGUUCUUGGCCUCUUUGGCCAGUAUUGGCGGCUUUCUUUUUGGAGUAGACCAAAGUCUUAUUAGUGGAGCAUCCCUAUAUAUCCCUUCAGAUCUGCAUAUUGAUAGCUCUAGGAUGUCCAUGAUUGUUGGUUUUACACCUUUGGGGGCUAUAUUUGGUGCACUUAUAAUCAUGCCAACAAAUGAUCUCUUCGGAAGAAAAUAUGCUAUUGUCAUUGCUUCUAUACUGUUUACAGUGGGAGCCAUAUUAGAAGCGGAUGCACAUUCCUUUGGAGUAUUGCUACCUGGAAGAAUGAUACUUGGUUCUGCUCUAGGUCUAUUGUCUGGAACAGUUCCCGCUUAUAUUGCUGAAAAUUGUGCUGUUCGAUGGAGAGGUGGAUUAGUAUCUCUAUAUCAAUGCAUGGUUGCCUUUGGCGUUAUGUGUGGUUAUAUUAUUGCCGCUAUUUUUGAUGGAGUUUCUGGAAAUUGGCGUUGGAUGCUUGGAAGCUCCUUGUUAUUCUCAACAAUAUUAUUCUUUGGAAUGUUUACCUUACCCGAGAGUACAAGAUGGCUUAUGAGGAAGGGUCGUAAACUUGAUUCAUUUCUAGUUUGGAAACAUGCGCGAGGCUUUGACACAUACGAAGAACGAAAGGAAUUCUUUGUUAUGGAGAGAGUUGUCCUUUAUGAACUUGAACAAGCAAGAAACCGACUUGUAUUGCUCGAUUUUCUAAGACGGCCUAGAUGUCUUAGAGCCCUCAUUGUUGCAGUUAUUUAUCAACUUGGAGGUCAGCAGAUGUCAGGAGUGAACUCCAUUGAAUACUAUCAAGCCUCUUUGAUGGAAGAAACUGGAUUAACUGCACAGAAGGCAGUUAACUCUAGUCUUAUAGGAGGCGGUGUGAUGUUUUUGUCAACUAUUCCUGCAAUCUAUUUGAUGGAUCGAUUAGGAAGAAGGUCAUUGACGCUGACACUGAUUCCUGGUGUCUGCAUUGGCUUAUUUAUCACAGGUUUUUCUUUCCAAGCCACAGCAUUGGGAGUUCGACUGGGUAUUUAUCUUUGGGGAAUGAUAACUUAUACUAUCUUCUGGUCAUCUGGUCUUGGUCCUGGUCCUUGGGUUUUUGCUUCCGAAGUUUAUCCUACUUAUCUUCGUAGUUAUGGAGUGAGUAUUGCGGCACUUUGUGAUUGGACGGGCACUUUCAUUACAACGUACCCUUUUAAACAAAUGUCUGAAGCGAUGACAUCCACAGGAGUGUUUGCAGGUUUCUACUGUGGUAUCGUCAUUUUAGUCGGCAUACUUUUGUUAUUAUUUAUGCCAGAAACAAAAAAUUUGACGCUGGAAGAGAUAAACGAAGUUUUUGAGAGGCCCGCAAUGGAAACUAUGAAGAUCAAUUGGAGAAGUACCAAGGAAACUUGGCAUCAUUUACUACAUUUCCAAUUCGAUCAGGUCUGGAAGCUCUCUUAAGGAGUACUUUCAAGAUAUUAGCUUUAGUUUUUAGUUGUGUGCUGUCUUAUUAAAUGAUUUGUUGUUUGC